AUGUCGUCCAGCAACGACAAGUCGGCCCUGCCGAGCUAUUCAACCACUGUGUCGGUACGCAAGUCGCGUAGUCCGAUCACGUUGCGUUCGUCGUUCCUCUCGCUGUUGGGCUUGGUCGCGCUCGUCUACUACCUCGGCGUCUUCACCACCUACAAUGGCGCUCAGCAUCACGUCUACCAGCCUUCGCCUCAUCCGCGCUUCCAGAGCAUCUUUACCUCUUCGCUGGCUAAGUGCGAUGCCAUCGAUGCGCCUGUUGGUCCUCCAGCAGACUUCCACAAAAGGAUCCGCUCAGACAGGGCCGAGAAGCAUACUCCAGAAGUCGUCAUUCUCAAUGCUACGCUCUGGACGGGAGAUGAUGAUGGACAUCAAGUGCUUCACGAACGCGAUCUGCUGCUGUCUCAGGGCAUCAUCAAGCGCAUUGCCCACACCAAGGACAACGAGUUUCUUUCCGACACGCUCAAGGCACCCAUCGCGAAAGUGGUCGAUGCUGCAGGUCGAUGGGUGACACCCGGUCUUGUCGAUAUGCAUGUGCACUUGUCUGUAGGAGCUCUGCCUACUCUCAACGGCCACGACGACAUCAACAGCAUCGGCAAAAAUACCAACCCUUACCUCCGCACCAUCGACGGCAUGAACCAGCACGACGGCUCCUUCCGCAAGUCGCUCGCUGGAGGUAUCACUACCGGUCUCGUCCUGCCCGGCUCGGCCAACUCGAUCGGUGGUCAGGCUUUCCCCAUCAAGUACCGCCAGCCGUCAUCCUUACUCCCUCAAGACAGGCUCAUCGAACCGCCCGACUCGCUCGCUCGCCUCGGUCAGGGUAAAGGCAGCGCUGCAACCAAGCUGACGAUUCAGCACGAAGUGGAGACAGGACUGCACCGCAACGAUAGUAGCUCGAGCUGGCGCUACAUGAAAAUGGCUUGUGGUGAAAACGCUCGUCGUGUUUACAAGAUGACACGCUAUGACGAAGCUUGGGACUUCCGACGCACUUUUAGCGCAGCCAGGGAUCUCAAGAACAAGCAAGAUGCCUUCUGCGACUCGGCCAAAGCUUUCGCUUCGCUUCACGGUUCCAACUCGGCUCCUUCCACCUUGGCUGAUGCCGAGUUUCCCGACGACUUGGAGCUCGAAGCUGUUGUCGCGCUGCUCCGCGGCAAAGUCAAGCUCAACACUCACUGUUAUACACAAGUCGACUUUGAAUCCUUCAUCCGUCACUCGAACGAGUUCCAGUUCCCAGUAGCCGCCUUCCACCACGCACAUGAAUCGUACUUGAUCCCGGACCUCCUCAAGCAGUCCUACGGCAAUGUCACCCCGGCCAUCGCCAUCUUCAGUACCAACGCAAACUACAAGCUCGAGGCCUACUUUGGAUCACCCUUUGCCGGCGCCAUCCUCGCAUCGCACAACAUCACACCCAUCUACAAGUCCGACCAUCCCGUCACCGACUCGAGACGCAUCCUCAAUCAAGCUGCGCAAGCGCACCAUUUCGGGUUGGACGAGACCGAGGCAUUAAGGAGUGUCAUUUCGGCUCCCGCGGAGAGGCUCGGUCUGGACCACAGACUUGGCUACAUCAGGCAAGGGUAUGAUGCCGACGUGGUGGUGUGGAACACACAUCCACUCCGGAUCGGCGCUACUCCGGUUGAGGUCGUGAUCGACGGUAUCCCUCAAAUCGGGCCUAACGCUCCUGUCCCCAGCCCGGAGCUUCCUCGCAGCGCAAAUGAGGUCGAGAGCGAGAAGCAUGCAUCAUCUCCGGCUGCUCCGGCUGCUCCCAGGGCCGGAAACUUCAACGUCGACAUUCAGCAGGUCAAAAACUCGUAUAGCGAGAUCAUCACUUUCGACAAGCUUGCCUUCCCCUCUGCAAAGGAGGCUACGCAAAACUGUACCGUCUUCACCAACGUCAGCCAGCGCUUCUUCCGUCGACGUGGCAGCGUCUCCUCUGAGACGUUUGCUCCUUCCACGGGACAGAUCGUCGUAGCGGGGGGGAAAGUGCUGUGCAGCGGCGAAACCUGUUCUGCCUCGGUUUGCGCCUCACCCGCAGUCAACAUCAUCGACGCCCGCGGAGGAGCCGUCCUCCCUGGCAUCACCUCCUAUGGCUCGAACCUCGGGCUCACGGACAUCGUCUCCGAACCGGAGGCGUCAGACGGUUACACGCUCGACCCGGUCACGUCGUCCAACGCGAUCGCGCAGACGUCCGAGUACCUGCGCACCUGGCCGACCGCGCGCGCGGUCGAUGGACUGCAGUGGGGCGGUCACGACCUUGUUCGUGCGCGCGCGUCCGGUGUGACGCGAGCGAUCGUCUUCCCGCAGAGCGAUACGUUCUUCUCCGGCGUCUCGGUCAAGUUCGACACGGGUGCGCGCAAUGUGCUCUCGCAGGGUGCGGUUGACGUGGAAGAAGUCGCUGCGCACGUGACGCUCACGCACAAUGGCGCGGGGCGGCCGUCGAUCAGUGAGCAGCUUGGGCUAUUGCGUCGGCUGCUCGCUGCGGGUGCUGCAGAUGAUGCGGCAGGCGCAAGCAAGGGCGAGGGCGAGAGUGUGUGGCAGCGUGUGGCUGUGGGGAAGCUACCGUUGGUGGUGACUGCUCUGCGUGCUGAUCACAUCUCACAGGUGCUGCGGCUCGUGGAUGCGUUCCCUAAAGUGAAGCUUGUGAUCUCGGGUGCGGCGGAGGGGCAUUUGGUCGCGGACGAGCUGGCGCGUAGGAAUGUCGGUGUGCUGUUGAUCCCGCAAACGUGGCCGAGGACGUUCGACGAACUGCGAGGGUUGAGCGGGCCACCCCUGACGCGCGAGACGACGCUCUCGGUGCUGCUCAAAGCUGGCGUCAAAGUGGCGUUCAAGAUCGAAGAAGCGUGGAUGGCGAGCAACCUGUUCUGGGACGCGACCAGGGCAGCACUCGAGACAGACGGGCUGGUGCACAAGCAUCAGAUCGUAGAGCUCGUGUCGAGUGCCAUCGACGACGUGCUAGGCAUUGGCGGUGAGCAUGGCGCACAAGGCGAACAUGAGUUCGUCGUGUACGACGGUAACCCGUUCGAGUACGGCGCCAAGGUUUUAGCUGUACACUCGGUGCGCGGUGUAGAGGUCGUUGCUGUGUAG